AUGACUUCGAAGAAGAACAGGGACGUAUCAGUGAGCGUCACAGCUUUCUACUUGAAAAUCAUCGGCUUCUGGUUAGCUGACACUUACGAGGAGAAACGUCGAAGAAAGUUCGCGCAGAAUUGCACGAUACUUAUGCUUAUGUGCGCUGUGCUGCUUGAGGUGAGGGAUAUCUAUCACAUCUGGGGAGAUUUCGGCGCCGUUGUUUACGUAAUGUGCAACAUUCUAACAGUGGGCAUAAGUUUGUUCAAGAUCUUGGUCUCGAUGAGGAGUAAGGAAAAAUUUUUGGAAUUAAUUAAAUACGCCAGAACGAAUUUCUGGCACUCGGAUUAUGACUCGCAGGAGCAAAUGAUUGUGAACGAGUGUAAACGUUCUUGUACAUUCCUCAUAUGCGUGUUUAAUUUCUUCGCUAAUGGGACAGUGUCUGGAUACAUAAUCAGGCCAAUUGUAGAAAGUAUUGGAAAAAAUGAAUCAGACAGGAUACUUAUAGUCAACUUCUGGAUUGACUUUCCGACAACCAUGACACCAUACUAUGAGAUAUUAUUUACGUCGCAGGUUUUUAUCGUAAUGUACGUUUGCAUAAGCUACCUUUGUAUCGACAAUUUUCUGUGCAUGAUCAAUCUACACACAGCUACUCAAUUUCGAAUAUUGCAAUACAGACUGUCGAAUGUGUGCGGUGCAAACGAACGUAGCGAUAAAAUUUCGAAAAAAACACCGUCCAAUUCGGACGAAUGCUACGCUAAGUUCAAAAAUUGCAUUCAACAGCAUCAAGCACUCAUAGAAUACUGUAACGAACUUCAAGAGGUGUUCGGUUUAUUUGUGCUUGCACAAGUGUUGCUCUUCAGUUUGUUAAUGUGCCUCGAUGGAUAUUUGGUGAUGGAAGAUACUCCCAUUAUGCAGCGCCUUACUUUCUUGUUUCACCUAACGGGAUGCCUGUGCCAACUGUUGAUGUUCACCUACAGCUGCGAUUGCCUGAUACGAGAAAGCUUGAACGUGGCCAAUGCUAUAUACGACUGCUCGUGGAUUCACUUGCCAAUGGACAGAUCUGGGCGAAUGCUGCGAAAAGAUUUGACAUUCGUCAUUGGAAGAUCUAGAGUACCUUGCUGUCUCACUGCUUGUGGAUUCUUCCCUGUGUCACUGGAAACGUACACUUCGAUUUUAAGUACCGCAGCGUCAUACUUCACACUGCUACGAAAACAAGAAGCAGAAAUACGAGACAACAUGAAAUUGUUCAAGACUGACGACUUAGGUUUCAGCGUGACUUCGAUGUUCGUGAAAAUGAUCGGAUUGUGGAUGGCGAAAAAUCAGUUCGAGCAACAUGUCAGAAACGUGACGUUGUUCUACACAUUCUUCUUCGUUUCCUUCGGAUUCUACGUGGAAGCUACGAACCUGUACCACUCGUGGGGCGAUCUCAGCGACACACUGUUCGACAUAUGCACUCUUCUGUCGGUGAUAAUGCCCGCUAUCAAAAUAAUCAUCCUGUUUAUCAACAAGGAGGAGUUUUUCCGUUUGAUCGUGUACACAGAGCGACAAUUCAUGAACGGGGAUUACAACGAGGACGAGAGGAAGAUUGUGUUCGAUUUGAAUAUUGGAAGAAACGAAUCCGACAGAAUACUGCCGUUUAAAAUGUGGAUUGAUAUACCGACAUCGAUGACACCGUAUUUUGAAAUAUUCUUCACCUUACAGGUUUUAUCCGCGUAUCAAAUUGGCGUGAGUUACGGUUGCUUCGACAACGUUCUAUGCAUCAUGAACCUACACUUGGCCACUCAGUUUCGAAUACUGCAACAUAGACUGGUGAAUAUAAACGGUCUGAAGAGCAAACAGACACCGGAGAAAGGUGAAACGUCGAUUAUAGAUUCGACAGAAUUUGCGGAUAACUCUUACGACGUUUUCAAAAGAUGCGUUCGUCAACAUCAAUCUCUGAUGGCUUUCUGCGAGAAACUCGAAGAAAUGUUCAGUAUGAUUAUACUGGGGCAAUUGUUAGUGUUCAGUAUUUUUAUGUGUCUCGACGUGUGCCAAGUACUUCUGCCAGGUGCAUCUGUGGGUAAACAGAUGAUUUUCACGUUUCACCUAGCGGGAUGUAUGUGUCAAUUGCUGAUGUUUACGUACAGCUGCGAUUGUAUAAUAACGGAAAGUUUGAACGUGACGGAAGCGGUGUACGAUGGACCAUGGCCACGUUUGCCAAUGAGCACGAGAGGAAGAAUGAUAAGGAAGGAUUUGAUACUCGUUAUCAUAAGAUCGAGAGUACCUUGUUGCUUGACCGCCAGAGGAUUCUUCGUAAUAUCUUUGGAAACGUAUACGAAGGUUAUAAGUACAGCAGUGUCGUACUUCACACUGUUAAGGCAACGUAUAGAGGAAAGCAAUA